UCCUUUACAAACCAAACAAAACAAAUCAUUUUACUUUAUUAGUUGCCGAAGACGCCUGCCAACUCUCCUCUUUCCGGUCUACGUCGUUGCUAGGUAACAGCUCCUAUGCAUUCCGUCUCGUCUCCGUUAUAGGAGCUAGCAUACAUGCUAUGAUAAACAGCUACAGUUUACGGAGAAAAACGAGCAGUUUGUGUUGCUAAAAAGCUUCUUUCUGGGAGCCAUGACAGCGAUUAAAGAUGGGGAGUACACGGCGACCAUCUACACACUGAUUAAAGACGGACAAUAUGUGGAGGCAAUUCACAUACUUAACGGCCAACUUCAGAAACACACCAAGUCCAGAGCGGCGCUGUCCCUGCUGGGGUUCUGCUACUACCACAUCCAGGACUUCAGCAGCGCCGCAGAGUGCUACGAGCAGCUCACCCAGCUGCACCCGGAGGUGGAGGAGUACAAGCUGUACUACGCCCAGUCGCUGUACAAAGCCGGAGCUUACUCUGAGGCCACCAAGGCCUCGUUUGUUCUGGACAACCCCAGCAGCCACACCAAGAUGGUGAAGCUCCAGGCAUGUAUCAAAUUUUGUGAGGAGGAUUAUUCUGGUGCCAAGUUGCUCCUGCAGCAGCUGCCGCAGGACGACCCGGACUACGUCUACAACAUGGGCUGCUUGCUCUAUCAGGACGGCAAGUAUGAGGAGGCCAGCAAGAAGUUCAUGACAGCCAUGCAGAUGUUGGGAUAUGUCCCAGCGUUGUCCUACAACAUCGCCCUGACCUACUACAGCAUGAAGAACUAUCCGCAGGCUGUCAAAUACAUCACAGAGAUCAUAGACCGAGGAAUGAGAGAACAUCCAGAGCUGGACGUCGGGGUGAAAACGGAAGGCUUUGACGUUCACAGCGUGGGAAACACUCUGGUCCUGCAUCAGUCGGCUCUGAUCGAAGCCUUCAACCUCAAAGCAGCCAUUGAAUAUCAGAUGAAGAACGGGAAAGCAGCUCAGGAGGCGCUGACUGACAUGCCGCCGAGGUCAGAGGAGGAGCUGGACCCCGUGACGCUGCACAACCAGGCUCUGGUGAACAUGGAGCUGAAGCCUUCAGAGGGAUUUGAGAAGAUGGCGUUUCUGCUGCAGCAGCCGUCCUUCCCCCGGGUCACGUUCGGAAACCUGCUGCUGCUCUACUGCAAACACGAGUACUUCGACCUGGCGGCCGACGUCCUGGCAGAAAACGCUCACCUCACCUACAAGUUCCUCUCUCCGUACAUGUACGAGUUCCUGGACGCGUUACUGACCUGCCAGACGGCACCAGAGGAGGCCUUUAGAAAGUUUGAAGAGAUGAACAGCAAACUAACAGAGCAACUUCGCAAACUGGCAAAGCAGGUUCAGGACACCAGACACACUCGAGACGACGAGGCCCAGAGCAAAAUGCUGCAGGAGUACGACCUGAUGCAGGAGAAGUACGUCGUGGUUCUGAUGGCCCAGGCGAAGAUCUACUGGAACCGCGAGAACUUCCAGAUGGUGGAGAAGAUUUUCCGAAAGUCAGUGGAGUUCUGCAACGACGACGACACCUGGAAGCUGAACGUGGCUCACGUCCUCUUCAUGCAGAACAAGUACAAGGAGGCCAUCAGCUUCUACGAGCCCAUCGUCAAGAAGCACUACGACUCUGUGGAGCACUGCAGCAUUCAGGAGUGUCCCUGCAAAUGCAAACCUUCGAUCCUGAACGUGAGCGCUGUGGUUCUGGCCAACCUGUGUGUCUCCUACAUCAUGACCAGCCAGAACGAAGAGGCUGAAGAGCUGAUGAGGAAGAUUGAGAAGGAGGAGGAGCAGAUCUCCUACGAUGAUCCAGACAAAAAGGUUUUCCACCUCUGCAUCGUCAACUUGGUCAUCGGGACGUUGUACUGCGCCAAAGGGAACUACGACUUCGGCGUCUCUCGAGUCAUAAAGAGCCUGGAGCCUUACAACAAGAAGCUCGGGACAGACACAUGGUUCUACGCCAAGCGUUGUUUCCUCUCUCUGCUGGAGAACAUGUCCAAACACAUGGUCAUGCUGCGGGACGCCGUGGUUAACGAGUGCGUUCAGUUCCUGGAGCACUGCGAGGUUUAUGGGAAGGGGGUGCCGGCCAUCAUCGAGCAGCCGCUGGAGGAGAUCCACGUCCACAUCGGGAAAAACACGGUGACGUACGAGGCGCGGCUGCUCAAGGCGCUAUUCUACGAGGUCACCGGCUGGAACAAAUGAAACUUCAGCUCUACUUCCUGCAAACAGCGACGAUCUGUCAGCUUCAGUUUCCUGAAGUGUUUUCUAGUUUUAUACUCGGACAAAUAAUAUAAUUUAUAAAGAAUAAACAGAUAUUUAUGAUAAUAAAAUAAAUAAAAUACACUUUUCAAAUGCA